AUGGCGGAUUUGGGGCUCUGGAACCAGGGGUGGACGUGGGUCCUCUCCCAGAAGCACGUCGUCGCCUGGGCGCACGCCGCGGCGGGCUGCGGCAGGGACCGCCUCGCCUUCCUCGUCGACCGCCACUGGCCGGCCGUGUCCCGGGCCUGCGCCAGCUCCUCGCGCCUCCUGCUCGAGGCGCUGAGGCAGUGGCGGGGCUGCACGGCGCGGGGCCUCCUCGCGCUCGCCAGCCUCGGCCCCGCCGCCGUCUUCGUCAUCCUCUGGAGCUGCUUCGUGUGCAUGACCUCCUCGGCCUGCGCCCUCUACGCCCUCCUCGGCCUGGGAGCUGUUGCGGCAGUCAUUCACUACAUGGGCUAUACGCCUGGCCUUCUUAUUGUAGGACUGUUUGGAAUAAUGAUUAUGUGGAUGUAUGGCUACUUUUGGAUUACCGGCAUGCUUCUGGUUGCUGGAGGUUGUAUGUGUUCUUUGAAACAUGCACGAUUUGUCAUACCUGUCUUGGCUAUGUAUGCUGUUUAUUGUGUGGCUGUUCGUGUCGGGUGGCUUGGAGUUUUCUUCACGCUGAAUCUCUCUUUUCUGACAAAUGAUCUUCUGAACAAGCUGCUGCAAGGAUAUGAGGGAAGCACGGAAGAGAGACCAUUUGAAGAAAUGAAGGAUUCUGAUCCAGCCACGGAUGCCUUCUUUCGUGGCUGUGAAUAUCCCCCUGCUCCUGAAAGUGAACCAGAGACCGUGUCGUCUGCAAAGCCCUUUUGCGCAGCACCUACCCAAGACGUGUUACAUGUACAGAAGGAGCCAUCUCCUAGUAAAAUAGUGAAAUCAAAUUCUACUUCGUUGGACGAGAUGAAGAGGAUAAUGGAUGGUUUGACCUAUUAUGAUGUUUUGGGCAUCCCUCGGAGCAAAAGCAUCAAUCUGAUCGAAUUGAAAAAGGAAUACAGAAAACUGGCAGUUCUUGUCCAUCCUGAUAAAAACAUGGGGAAUCCAUUGGCGUGCGAGUCAUUCAAGAAGCUUCAGUCAGCUUUUGAGGUACUCUCAGAUUUAACGAAGAAAAAUGGCUAUGAUGAACAGCUGAGGAAAGAAGAAUCACGGCAAAUGACUCAGAGAUCACGUGUUGUCUCUCAACCGAGUGGGGUAGAGUUUCUCUCUGAGGAGUCCAGGCGUAUACAGUGCACAAAAUGUGGUAAUUUUCAUUUAUGGAUAUGUACCAAGAGAAGCAAAGCAAAAGCAAGAUGGUGCCAGGAUUGUUCCCAAUACCAUGUUGCCAAGGACGGAGAUGGGUGGGUGGAAAAUAGAUAUUCUGCAUCCUUGAAGAUAGAAAUACCAAGAGCUUUUGUCUGUGCGGAGAGUAAAAUAUUUGAUGUAUCUGAGUGGGCUACUUGCCAGGGAAUGGAGUGCAAACCAAACACUCAUGGUCCAACUUUUAUGGUGAACAUGGUUGGUGCGGAUAGGAUGCCUCAGCGAUCUCACAGUUCUCGGUAUCCCUUUAGCCUGGACGCCGAGAUGAUCCCUGAAGACGAAUUUGAGCUGUGGCUUCAGCAGGCAUUGGCGACGGGCGUCUUCUCUGACAGCCCGAAACGAAGGAAAAGCUGGAGCCCCUUCAAACUGCCUCAGAAAGGGAUCAGAAGUUGGCGGCGAUCGUCAUGA